AUGGGUAUCCAAUUGCGAAAACUCAUGCGCUCUCGAGUGAUUGUGGUGUUUGGUGCAACCAGUCGUAUCGGACGCUCAACGUUAGAAGUGUUAUCGGCACAGGAGCAAGUCUCGGUAGCUCUGGUAGCUGCAGUUGAAAGUACGAAGGAUCCACGUGUCCAGCGUUUAAAACACGCUACCAACUGUUUUCUCGUGCAAUGCAAUUUUGCGAAAGGUGGAGAGGAUACUCUCCGUCGUGCCGUGCGCAACGCGGACGCUGUACUUCUUGUGCCUGCGCUGUCAGAAAAUGGAGUGUGCUUUUCGAAGCGAGUUGUCGAUGCGGUGGCAGCAGAGCAGGUGUCACGGCUGGUUGUGAUCAGCAGCAUUUUGGCUGCUCCAGAAUUAUUGGCUCGUUGUCGUCAAGAAUAUUCAAAAGAGCGACCUGAGACGGAGUUUGCUGGCUCCAUGCCUACAGAUGACACCGCGUCGGAGGGCUACGUGGCUGUGGAAGUUCAUGCUAGAAACCAAUUACCAGAACUUGGGCGUUGUGUAUCUUUGCGCAUUCCUCUUCUCAUGGAAACACUACUGUACUGUCGUGACGAACUGCUGUUUGCUGAUCGAUUCGUUGGAUGUUUUGGGUGGGAUACGCACGUGCCCUGCAUCUCCGUUCGUGAUAUCGGUUACGCCGCGACCGAAGUGCUGGCAAAUCCCAAGCGGAAGUAUGAGGCAGUGUACCGAUUGACUGGAGGGAUCAAUGCUAGCUGCAGCCCUAGAGAGCUAAGUCGAUAUCUGACUGAAUUUUUGGGACGUGACAUUAAGUACCGCAGGCUAAGUGACGCCGAAUUUUUAUGUAUGAUGAAGGAAAAGCACACGCCUGAACAAGUGGCUCAGGGCACCGUUGGUCUUCGUCUUUUUCUAGAAGAACCUAUGAGCAGCAAAACGAAUAAUGAAGGCCCAAGCACAGGUCACGGAAUACUGUCAGGAACACUAUCAAGUCAAAGAGAUAUGGAAGCCAGUCGUACCUUGCAUCUGCCUGAAGCGUUCCACAGCACGAGCGAUUUUCGGCUGCUGACAAAGCGUGAACGCGUGAGUCCUCGCCAAUGGCUACAGCGUCACGCGUCAUCUAUGUUCGCUAAAACUCCACAAAAUCAAGUACAACUGUUUGUCGUAGGCUCCGGUGAAGCGCUAUUCGUCGAAGUAAGCAAGGUUGUAGCAAGUCGAAUAGCUGCACCUUUGGCUCUUAUACCGCGUGAGGUUGGUGAAAGCGAAAUCCCAACAGUUCUUCCUGACCGCGUGAGCGGCAACAGAAUUCUCCAACAGACCAACGUAACAUUAUGCACUGUUAAAGUAGCACCAGGGGGUCCUUCAGGAGUUCCCGAGCCUCCAACCGUAUACCAACUAGAAGGAGCUCCACCGUAUCCAAUAGCGGAUUUGUUGAAGCAACUUUCGUCCCUAAAUGUUGUGCUACUUAUUCCACCCCUCCAGCUUGGUAAAAAAGCUUGUCUUGACGUAGUACAUGCCGUCGUACAUGCCGCCGCGCGUGCAAAUGCUUGGGGCGUGGUACUGGUAAGCUCAAUUUUUGUCAAUUCUCCUCUAUUAGAGCAUAGCGCAAUUCUUGAACAUCUCGAGGAGAUUGAGAGCUGCAUUAAAACGUCAGGAGUCCCAUUCACGAUUAUAAGGCUUCCGUUGUUUAUGGAAUAUUUCCUUGCGCUUUCGCAUUGCGAUGAAAGCAGCGAGAGUCUAAGCAAUUCGGAAGAAAUAAAAUCUGAUGAGCUUACUGCCAGCGAAGCCAACGUGCGAUCAGAAAUCGAAGGUCAAGCGCAGAGUAAAUUGGAGGAAGGAGAGACACGAAUGUCAAUGUCGCCCCACAUAGUGUGGCCACUAUUGGAGCCUUCAUUGGCAUCUUCAAAGGUGUACUUGAUGUCGCUUGAGGAUGCAUCGAAGGCAUUGGUGGAUGCAGCCUUUACAUUCCCGUUGCAACGUGGAAAAAUCAAUAAGCUUUAUACCUCGCAUGUGACAAUGAAUGAAGUGCAGCGUAUUCUCCAACGACACGCCAACAAAGCGCGACCUGUGCGAUUAAGUUGUGUGGACGCACUUCGAGAGCAACCAGGUCGCGAGUUUUGGCGUAUUGCCUACUGGCCACGAGAGUAUACACAGCAGUUUCUCGAAUGUGCUGUGGAAUUCACAAAGGAUGUCCAAACUGCUGCUGAAACUUCAGCGGCGAUAGGGAGCGACGUCGACACGAAUGCCAUGGUUUUGCCAAUCUCGCAGAAAUUUGAAGACCUCACGGACACUCCGUCACUCACACUUGAUGAAUGGGCCGAAAACAACUCCAUACGCUAUACACAGGUCUUCAACAAUAUGCCCAGAAACUGCUAUACGCAAGCAACUCCAUUACGAAGAGCAUGGCAAGACAUUUUGUUUGACCAACUUUAA